GCAGUACAGCUCCAUCAGUUCUAACCCCACUGAUGCAUCUUUGCUUACAGUGUUACUUUUCUCCUAAUUACUGCAUUAUUCUGUAAGGUUUGUGUAUUUAAAUAAUUUUAUACAUUUAUAAAAGAAUUCCCUUUCAUUUAAUGUAAAGAACUUAAAACAGCACACUUUAGCAUGUAUAUAGCAUACUUCUGGGCAGCAGUAACAAUUUUUGACUGAACUGAUCAUAGGGAAAGCCUUUAUUGCCAAGACUUUUCAGAAUCUUUCAGGAUCAGCUAGUUACAUUUGUUCCAAAUUCAGGCUGUGUUUAAAAGUGAAGUUUUCCCAAAUGUAAAUCCAGAGACUUUUCUGUAUAGAUUCCCCCACAAUGUGGGCAAAUCAGAUAUUAUGUCUAUGUAUGCUGACCUGAAUUAAUACAUUUUAUGUAUAAGCAGAAGUGAACAGAGUAGUAAGCACUCCUUUGAAUAUUUAGAAAUUGGGACCAUUGUACAAGUUCUAAUUCAUGGGUUUACAUAGCGUAGGCAUUCUUUGUAAAAUAAUCAAAACAAUGUUGUUUCACAGGGAUGAGAUCAGGUCAGGACUCCUGCCCAAGACUGCGUGCCCCAGGAGCAAGAAUAUGCCUCCAUAUUUAAAAACAAGCCCAUUUUAACAUUAAAAGUGUUGAAGACUAGGGGAAUUGCAUUUUGUUGUAGCACAGAAGGAUUUAUUGCCAGUCCAUUUGCCUUUGCAAUCAACUGGAUAGUGCUGCUAAUGGGUUUAGUCUUUUGUCUGCCAGCACAGUUGUUCCAAUUUCUGAUUUGUUCUUUACCAGUAUUAGAAGGUAUUCAGCCCUAAGGUUAAAAUUAUGGUUGGCUUUGCUAACAGAAAUGAUUUCUCAGCAGUCUAUUUGUGUGUAUUUUGCACUUUGCUCCUUUGUUCCACGCUUGGCUCUUGAUUAUUUGAUGCAUAGUGUCCCGCAGAGCAAAUCAUAGUAGACUAAUUAAGAACCGAGAGUUUCCCAAGUUAUGCAAGAUCCCCACAACUAUGAAAAGCCUUUUCAGCCUCUCAAUCACAUACUGUGAAGUGCUAUAAAUCAAACUUUUGAAAAGAAUCAGAGCCGUGCUGCAUGUACUUAUAUUCUAGUUCCAGAAGAAAAUGGUUACUUCUUUUACACCUUACUGCUCUUUUUUUUUCAGUAUUAUUUUCCAUAGCUUAAAUCCUACAAACUAGGAGCAUGUUGAAUACCAGUAAUGUUGUUUUAAUGAGAGAUAGAUCACUGAUAAUGCACCACUGGUGACAUUGAUGUCUUUAUUUUCAUGUGGAUGUGUAUGAGGAAGUGAAGUAAGAGCGAUCGCUUGGGCUUCUGUGGCAGAGCUGAGGCUGCACGAUAAAGGAGACCAAACCUCCUGCUUCUGGGUGUCACGUUACUGCCUGUGGAGGUCAGGCAGAUAUUUUUACCUCAGUGUCACUUUUGGGAGAAACUUGGAAGACAUCAGCUUACAUUGAAACUGUAGGAGGCAGCCAGGUUAAUUGUUAAAAUGGGUCAUCAGUGUCAUUGCAUGCAACAGACUUUAUGGCUAGAGCCCUGUACGUGUCCUCACCUCACACUUCAGGAGACUGACUGCGUGGGUUGCUCAGUGCCGCGCUGCAAGAAUAACUAUAUUUGUCCUUCUGCAGUUUAAUACUGAAAUGUUUUAUUACUGGAGAGAUUGUUCUCCUGGGUUAGUGGAUGCUAGAAUAAUGCACAUUAUGCUUACCCUUUAUCUUUUUCAUUAGAAUAAAAAUCAGAGACAUUUACAUUCAGUGGUUGCACUGAAACAGGCAGAAGUCAGCUGUUGUGUAUGCUCUUGCAACUGAAUCCACUGUAUUCUGUACAGUAAAAUUACAGCUGGGAGAUACAGGUAAUAGUAUUUUUUUUUCUUUAAAAAGCUUUCCUUUGGCCAACAAAAAAGGCCCACUGACUCUGCAUGCAUCUUCUCUUGCUACAGAGGACAACCAUAUGGUGCACCUGCCAAGAAAUGACAGCUUUCACUUCCAGGUGUCCAGUUAGGGCAGAGGGAGCAAGAGUUGCCAUUGGAUUAAAAGAAAAAAAAAAAUCAAGCCUUAGAGGAGCAAAAAGUGAAUCUCUGUAUUGACAUACAAAUAAUGGAAUAGCCCCACCAUCCUUAUUAAACACAUUAAAGCAAAGUGUAGCAGCUGAGCUUUUCAAACUUUUUGCCCCAUUACUUUUUCUCGUACAGAAAAAUGAACCCACAGACUGUCAGAUUUCAGGUUUGAAAUGUGUGAUAAUUUAAACCAGCAUUGAUAUUUCCCUUCUCUUAAAUAUUUAGUUAAUUCUAUACCUAAGUGAGAGGUUUCUGUAAAAUAAAUUUACCUACAGCCUUGAAUUCCAGGAUACAAUUGAUUUUAGCUGAAAGAACAGGUCUUAGCUGGAGCUGUGCGAACUGCAUUUGAACCAGCUCCUCUAGUCAGACCAGGAAGAAGAAGUAUUUACUCAUUUUGUGGAAGCUUCCCUGAGCUGAAGUAUUUUGGCUGUAGAUUGUCUCAUUCAGGGUACAGUGCAGCUUGUCUAAGACAUGCAGUCCCUAGGAAAACAAUCAUGUUUCUGUGUGAGGUCUUACCAGUUCAACACAAAUCGUGUAAUUUUUUUUUUCCCCUAUGAUUUCAUUUGCAUUAUAACCUUGUACAUAGUCACUCUUUCUUGAUUCUUCUAUGAUUUCAUGCAAAAAAAGAGGGAGGAAAAUAUUUUAAUGUUGAGAACUCUGCCCCCAUCCUAAGCAACAGCCAAAUGUCUGAAAAUUGAGGGUGCUCUGUAUUAUGUCUUCCAGAUAGCUGAAUCGCAAACAGACAUAUCUUCACCGGUAGACUGUAGUGAAGUACAUACUGCUUAAGUUACAAUGUAGUUAUUUAAAUUCAUUCCACAAAAAGACAUUCACUUCUCCCCUAAAUCAUCUUAGUUAAGCAUGUGUAGUUUGCAUAAACAGAUCCCUAGGUACCUAAUGGGCACAUGGAGGGAAAAUGCUUAGCAGAUCACUGCUGUAUAAGUUAAUUUUGUCUACUGAAGCUCUCCUGUUUGAGUAGAAAAUGGUCCACAAAUAUGCUCUGCUCUGGCUGGGGAAGGGAGGAAGACGUCUUUUAUGUCUUCUGAACACCUACCUGAGAGCUACUCCUUUGUCAUAAAACCAUAAGAGCAGACAACUGGUUGGUGCCAGACCCUGUUUCAUCACUGGAUGUUCACUGCCUCUAUUUCAGACUGUUCUGUCUUCCUUCGCCUCAGCUUUGCUAGGCCAAACAAACAACAUUUUAUCAACUUGCCUUUACUUGUCAUGCUUCCUCACUGCUCUUCUGGGUUCUCCUCAGUCCAUGCUUAGGGCUGAAUACUGUUUUGCAGCUAAAAUGUUGCCAGCAUGGAAUAGAAAAAGACCCCUAGUUCAGUGCCUACCUUUACCCCCUCUCUCACCCCAGCUAACAUUUUACUGAAUUUCCUAGCUGGGAAAAAAAAAAAAAAAUAUAUAUAUAUAUAUAUAUAUAGCCUUUUUUGGUCAGUAAGGGAAAAGGAGAUAUAAUUUUGGCAGUCAUUCUAUUACCUCAUACAAGCACUUUUCUCUGAAACCUAAAGAAUGAACGAACUGUACGGACCUUUCUGGAGUGCUGCCAGAUUACUUCUGACAGGAAAACUCAGCUGUGUUUUCUACUUAUGUGGGUAUUGUUGCUAUGUGGAAAGUUCAAGACCAACAGUUGGAAAUGUGUCGAAAUACUGUGGAAGGUUAUCAUAUUUCACAGGGUGAAGUUUUUGUUCUAAAUCAAUAACUGCCAUUUAAUUCAGCCUGGUUGGCAGAGUACACAGUUCCUUCAACUGAUCAUAGAAUCAUUAAGGUUGGAAAAGACCUCUGAGACCACUAAGUCCAACCCCAGCCCACCCCCCGCCCCCAUGCCCACAUCUCUCAGUGUCACAUCUCUAUGGCACUUGAACGCCUCCAGGCAGUGACUCCCUCACCUCCCUGGGCAGCUGUGCCAGUGCCUCACUGCUCUAUUGGAGAAGAAUUUUUUUCCUAAUAUCCAACCUGAAUCUCCCCUGGCACAACUAAAGGCCAUUACCUCUUGUCCUAUACUUCUCUUACUUCUGUGGAACGAGGAAGGUCAACUGUAAAGACCUGUGCAGAUUGCAGUUUGGGGAUAAAGAUCUCUAAAUAUUACCCGGGAUGUAUCCUUGGAAGAAGAGAAAUAAAGUUCAGCAGAACCAUGAUUUCAAAAAACGAUCAGCUUGAGAUCUUUUCUUCCUGGUUUAACUUCACACUGAGCUGCAGACAUACAUAGAGAACAUGGAUAUAAGGCCCAGCACCAGGAUGUGCCCCUCCCACUGCUGUCCACUCUGGCUGCUGCUGCUGGUGACAGUGACACUGAUGCCGAUGGUGCACCCGUAUGGCUUUCGCAACUGCAUUGAGGAUGUCAAGGCACCUUUGUACUUCCGCUGCAUCCAGCGCUUCCUGCAGUCGCCGGCCCUGGCAGUGUCUGACCUGCCACCACAUGCCAUCGCGCUCAAUCUGUCAUACAACAAAAUGCGCUGCCUGCAGCCCUCUGCCUUUGCCCACCUGACACAGCUGCAUACCCUGGACCUGACCUACAACCUCCUGGAGACCCUCUCCCCUGGUGCCUUCAAUGGGCUGGGUGUGCUGGUGGUGCUGGACCUGUCUCACAACAAGCUGACCACACUUGCUGAAGGGGUGUUCAACAGCUUGGGCAACCUGUCCUCGCUGCAGGUACAACAUAACCCCCUCAGCACGGUGUCACCAAGUGCUCUGCUACCCCUGGUCAACCUGCGCCGCCUGUCUCUACGGGGCGGGCGGCUGAAUGGGUUGGGGGCAGUGGCAGUGGCAGUGCAGGGCUUGGCACAGCUGGAGCUGUUGGACCUAUGUGAAAACAACCUGACAACGCUGGGGCCAGGCCCACCGCUACCCGCCUCGCUGCUCACCCUGCAGCUGUGCAACAACUCGCUGAGGGAGUUAGCGGGGGGCAGCCCGGAGAUGCUAUGGCACGUGAAGAUACUCGACCUCUCCUACAACAGUAUCUCACAGGCGGAGGUCUUCACCCAGCUCCACCUGCGCAACAUCAGCCUGCUCCACCUGAUCGGCAACCCCUUGGAUGUCUUCCACCUGUUGGACAUCUCUGACAUCCAACCUCGCAGCCUGGAUUUCUCUGGGUUGGUGCUGGGGGCUCAGGGGCUGGAUAAGGUGUGCCUGAGGCUGCAGGGUCCCCAGGCCUUGCGGCGGCUGCAGCUACAACGCAACGGGCUGAAGGUGCUGCAUUGUAAUGCACUGCAGUUGUGUCCUGUGCUGAGAGAGCUGGACCUGUCCUGGAACCGGCUACAGCACGUGGGCUGUGCCGGCCGGCUGCUGGGCAAGAAGCAGCGGGAGAAGCUGGAAGUGCUGACAGUGGAACACAACCUGCUGAAGAAACUGCCGUCUUGCCUGGGGGCCCAGGUGCUGCCUCGGCUGUACAACAUUUCCUUCCGCUUUAACCGCAUCCUGACUGUUGGGCCCCAAGCCUUUGCCUACGCCCCGGCCCUGCAGGUGUUGUGGCUCAAUAUUAACAGCCUGGUGUGGCUGGACAGGCAGGCACUGUGGAGGCUGCACAACCUGACAGAGCUGCGCCUGGACAACAACCUGCUGACCGACCUCUAUCACAACUCCUUCAUUGACCUCCACAGACUGCGCACCCUCAACCUGCGCAACAACCGUGUCUCCGUCCUCUUCUCUGGUGUCUUCCAGGGGCUGGCUGAGCUGCAGACGCUGGAUUUAGGGGGCAACAACUUGCGCCACCUGACUGCACAGUCACUGCAGGGGCUGCCCAAACUGCGCAGGCUGUACCUGGACCGCAACAGACUGCUGGAGGUGAGCAGCACUGUGUUCGCCCCAGUGCAGGCUACCCUGGGGGUGCUGGACCUGCGGGCCAACAACCUGCAGUACAUCUCACAGUGGCUGCGCAAGCCGCCACCCUUCCGCAACCUGAGCAGCCUGUACGACCUGAAGCUGCAGGCGCAGCAGCCCUAUGGACUGAAGAUGCUGCCUCACUACUUCUUCCAGGGCUUGGUGAGGCUGCAGCAGCUGUCGCUGUCACAGAACAUGCUGCGGUCCAUCCCACCGGAUGUCUUCGAGGACUUGGGCCAGCUGCGCUCCCUGGCAUUGGCUGACAGCAGCAAUGGGCUGCAUGACCUGCCUGACGGCAUCUUCAGAAACCUGGGCAACCUGCGGUUCCUGGACCUGGAGAAUGCAGGGCUGCACUCGCUCACUCUGGAAGUCUUCGGCAAUCUCAGCCGGCUGCAGGUGCUGCACUUGGCCAGAAACGAGCUGAAGACCUUCAAUGACAGCGUUGCCAGCCGGCUGUCCUCCUUGCGCUACCUGGACCUGCGCAAGUGUCCGCUCAGCUGCACCUGUGACAACAUGUGGCUGCAGGGCUGGCUGAACAACAGCCGUGUGCAGGUUGUCUACCCCUACAACUACACCUGUGGCUCACAGCACAAUGCCUACAUCCACAGCUUUGACACACACGUCUGCUUCCUGGACCUGGGGCUCUAUCUCUUUGCUGGGACUGCACCGGCAGUGCUGCUGCUGCUGGUGGUGCCGGUGGUGUACCACCGCGCCUACUGGAGGCUGAAGUACCACUGGUACCUUCUGCGGUGCUGGGUCAACCAGCGGUGGCGGCGGGAGGAAAAGUGCUACCUCUAUGACAGCUUUGUGUCCUACAAUUCAGCUGAUGAAAGUUGGGUGUUGCAGAAGCUGGUGCCUGAGCUGGAGCACGGUGCCUUCCGCCUCUGCUUGCACCACCGCGACUUCCAGCCGGGCCGCAGCAUCAUUGACAACAUUGUGGAUGCUGUCUACAACAGCCGGAAGACGGUGUGCGUGGUGAGCCGCAGCUACCUGCGCAGCGAGUGGUGCUCUCUAGAGGUGCAGUUGGCCAGCUACCGGCUGUUGGAUGAGCGGCGUGACAUCCUGGUACUGGUGCUGCUGGAGGACGUGGGUGAUGCUGAGCUGUCUGCCUACCACCGCAUGCGGCGGGUGCUGCUGCGGCGCACCUACCUGCGCUGGCCUCUUGACCCCGCAGCUCAGCCGCUCUUUUGGGCACGGCUGAAGAGGGCACUGAGGUGGGGAGAGGGAGGAGAGGAGGAGGAAGAAGAAGGUUUGGGUGGAGGGACGGGAAGGCCCAGGGAAGGAGACAAACAGAUGUAGUGGAGGUGUUAGCUGGCUGGAGGAUGGAGGAAAGUCAGCCAUAGGGUGGAGGACAACAGCUGGCCAAAAUGUGAAAGAGAACCAUCCAUAGAGUGGAGGACAACACCUGGCCAAAGGGUGGAGUAGAGCCAGUGAUGGACAGCAACUAUCCAUAUGGAGGAUGACAACCAGCCGUAGGAUGGAACACAACAGCUGCCCAUACAGAAGACUACAGUUGACCAUAGGGUUGAGGAGAACCAGCUGUAAGAUGGAGUACAACUGAUCAUAGGGUGGAAGACAACCAGCUGUAGAUGGGAGGAAAACUGUCCGUAAGAUGGAGGACAUCCAACUGCAGGACAGAGGGCUGUAGAGAGGAAAGCAACUGGCUGUGCAGAGGAGGAGAAGCAACCACAGGGAGAACCACAGCAGGGCUUUUCUCAUCCCAAAAUGCCAGGUUAACCUCCCAAAGGACAUCAGAAUGGCCUUUCUCAUUCCAAAUACCCAGAUCUGCCAAUUCAGAUGGCUCUACUCAGUCAAAAUUCUUAUGUACUGUAGAAUUAGAUUCUCGGAUUCUCCUCCAAACAGGCCCAAGAACAACCUUCCUCACUCCAGACUGUUACCCUCCAAAAGGACCUCAAACUGACUUUUCUUGCCUCAAAAUGCUUGUACCAUCCCAAAGGACCCCAAAAGUGCUUUUCUUCCCCAGAACAGAGUUUCUGGGAUCCCACAAGGCAUUGCUGCCAUGGGGUGUAGCAGGCUCUGUUGUGCACAGAGAAUAAAGUAAGGCUCCCCCCGCUUCA